CUACACUGCAGCAUUGACACUUUCAGACACUGCUGAAGCAAGCACACUGUUCCUUAUUAGCAGACUAAAUUCUAUUAGUUGGAACUAUGGACCUUAAAAGUACCUUCUGUGUGGAUUUUACAGGAUCUGUGCUUAAGAAAUGUAUCUGCGUUCUUUUAAUGUUGUUCUGCCACAAAAUACCAAGCUACCUGUCUACAGAAUUUGAAUAUAAAGUGCAAGAGAAUGAGGAUGAAGGAGUAUUCAUUGGAAAUAUAGCCAAUGAUUUAGUUUCCACAUUGGAUAUGGAAUGUGAUUCACUGGCUUAUAAAUUCAUGAAAGAAGUGGAAUAUGUCAUGCUGAAGAAUGAGAGUGGGGAGAUGUAUACAACAAAGCAGAGAAUCGACAGGGAAACAUUAUGCCCAGUUGAGUUCCACGGUAGUCCUUGUACCCAGGAAGUCAAUGUGGUCAUUCUAUGUGCCAAUCAGUACCUGCAAAUGGUGAAGGUUAAGAUAGUCAUUCUGGAUGUCAAUGAUAAUGCACCACAUUUUGAAGAAGAACUGAUGGAACUCUCCAUUCCAGAGGAUGCAGCUGUAGGCACGUCUUUCGGAAUAGAUUACUUUGCCACCGACAAUGAUGCCGGGAUAAAUAGCAUUCAGAAUUAUUACCUUGACAGCAGCCAAAACGUAUUUGGUUUGAGAGAUGGUGAAACACCCUCCAUUGUUGUCCUGCAGUCAUUAGAUAGGGAGAUAAAGAAUCUAUACAAGAUGAAAAUUAUAGCAGUGGAUGGUGGCACUCCUCCCUUAUCUGGAUCAGCCACACUUCUGAUCAACAUUCAAGACAUUAAUGACAACUGCCCUGCUUUUAAUGUGUCAGAGUUUGUAGUUCAGAUCCCUGAAAACAUGUCUUCUAAUAGCAUGGUGAUGCAGCUUCAUGCUGUUGAUGCAGAUUUAGGACCCAAUGCUGAAAUCACCUAUUCCUAUGGUAAUCGUGUGCAGGAUGCAUCCAAGAAACUAUUUAACUUAGACAGUGCCACUGGGCUUAUCACAUUUUCUGGAAGUAGAAGUCCAGAGACACAUCCUGAACAUAAACUCACUAUUUUAGCCAAUGGUCCAGGAUGUGCCCCAGUCAUAGUUCAAGUUACAGUGAUCAUCAUUCACAGUAGCAAGUAUAAACCAAAGCUAGAAAUCAGCUACAUCGCUAACCAGGCAGAUGGUGUGAUUUUCCUUAAGGAAACAGCACCUGCAAACACACCAAUUGCUCUAUUAGAGGUGACUGACCCUGACCAUUAUUUAAAAGGUUCACUCUACAUCAUUGGCAAUGUUCCCUUCUAUCUAAAACCCUAUGAAAGGUCAGGAAAUAAACAUUUGGUUGUCACAUCAGACCAGCUAGAUUAUGAGCUUGAGAACCAGUAUGAAAUCAUCGUUAAGGCUGAAGAUCCCCAUAACGUUCAUCAACUAGCAAUCCAUGUUCAGAUUACUGAUGAAAAUGACAACUCUCCCCAAUUUCAUCAAAGUUCCUUUGAAACCUCAGUUGAAGAAAACAAUGCACCAGGAGCUUUAUUGCUGAAGAUUUUUGCAACAGAUGCAGACAGUGGUCAAAAUGGAAAAGUGGCCUACCUUCUGGGAUCUGACGCUCCAAACAUAUUUUCAAUUGAACGGUUUACUGGGAUUUUAACUGUGUCUACCACUUUGGACAGAGAGAAAGAGAAAUUGUACACGUUUACCGUUUCUGCUAUUGACCAUGGAACCCCACCUAGAAGGAAGAGUACAACUGUAAUCAUUCACGUCUUAGACCAAAAUGAUAACACGCCUUCUUUCCUCACUAAUGACUAUACAUUCUUUAUACCAGAAAACUUCCCGAGUCAUGGCGAAAUUGGAGUUAUUAAUGUAACAGAUUUAGAUGCAGGUCUCAAUGGACACGUUAUUGUAUCUAUCUUGAAUGGCAGUAAUAAUUUUUUAAUGGACAACAGCAGAGGAACUUUACGCUGCAAUUCUUCAGUGGACAGAGAGAAAAAUACCAUGCAUGUGUUUUGGGUUGAGGCUGUUGACGGUGGACAACCAUCUCUCUCUGCAACAGCAAAAAUAACAGUGUUCGUCCUGGAUAUAAAUGAUAAUCCCCCCAUUGUAUUGCUUCCUCAGUCAAAUGCAUCCUGGCUUCUUGUGCCCCCUAACACACCCCAAGGAGCCUCUGUGGCUGAGAUUUAUGCUGUUGACUAUGACACUGGUAUUAAUGCUGUCAUGACAUAUAAUAUCAUUGGGAGAAAUGGUCCUGCCCCUCACAUAUUUGGAAUUAAUACAGCAACAGGAAAUAUUACAUUGCAGGAAAAAUUGUUGCACAAAGACUAUGGCUUGUAUCAACUUCUGGUUAAAGUCAGCGACCUUGGGCAACCGCAACCACUCCACUCCACGAUAAUGGUUAAUCUGUUUGUCAAUGAGACUGUGAGCAAUAAAAGUUACUUGGAGGCUUUGUUACACAGCCAAACUGUUUUCACAGAAGAGAAACAGACAGAACCAAAUCCAUGCCCCUUAUUUCAGACAUUGGACUUUCCCUGUUCACCUCCUGUUAUUCCCAUUGCAGUCGCAAUGAUAGUUGUCUCUGUUAUUUUCCUUACCAUUGCUCUUUAUAUGCUUCUGAGCAUAAGAAAGAAAAGCAAAAGGAAAGAACUUUACAAAGAUGCCCAAAUACCAUUAAAAAUAAACCUUGACUACUACACGAAAGACUGGAAUGAUGCACAAUUGUAAUGCUGAUUAGCUUGUUAUAAAAAGAACACAGGACGGAUCGCAAUAAGAACAUAACCAAUGGCUAUUUAGAAUGAAUAGAAAUCAACCAUGUCAAGAACAGUUUUUAUUUUUCAGAAACAAAUAUAUAUAUUUUUAACCUUUUCUCAAUCAAGUUGCGUGAUAACAAACAUUUCACACACGUUGAAUAAAUACUAGUGAGAAUUUUGGCAGAAGAUAUGCACACUGAUAAGAUGUUGAAAGAUAAGAAUUGAAAAGAUCUGAAAAUAAAACCUCUAGUUGUAUAGUAUUAGUAAAAAGGGAAUGGGGAAUUCAACACAAGAGUGUACAAUCAGUGUAGACUGUUGAAAAAUGCAAUUAAUUAGCCUGAUUGUGAAAUAUAAACAGACCAUGGGAGUAAAGCUUCUGAUAGUAUUCAACUUUUCAUUCAUUCUUGAUACCAAAAGAAAAUGAUCUAUUCUUUAAAAAAUCUUAAAUUACAUAACAUUGCUAUUUUUGCAUUAAUUUCAGUUCACUCAGGAGCAGUUGAAUUUUUAGCAAUUUGAAAUUUCAGAUUAAAAUUCAAAGGAUGAAAUCUGGUUUCCAAUAUUUGAGUUGUUCAUUAUACCUCCAAACUGGAACAAAGGGAGAAAAUUUGAAAUGCAAGGCUUGGCUCUACCUCACAAGGACAGCUGUUGCUUCGCAUUCCAACUGACUGACUCGAAGCAUCAGUGAAGGGCUUGGGCCGGGGCUACUGGCUGGCCUCCCAGACACAGUACAUUGUGACAGUGAUUACAGUAGACCUCAGGUUUGAGAUUCCCAAGAAGUGCAUCAAUAAGGAUCAGAGGAGAAAUUUAACCCCUUAAAAAGAAUGGACUUGGGAAUUCUGGAAGUUUUUUUUAAAAUCAACAUGUGCCCAUCUCUCUACAUAUAUCUCUUCCUACAUUCAGGUUGCAAGAGCAAUGAUGGACACAGAUAAGUGCAUCAGGACCAUUAUAUAGCAAGCUGCCUACAGAGGCGGAUGCGUAGAGACCUGUAUACACUAUGGAUUCAAUACAAGUAAACUUUAUAAGGAACUACAUGCAAUGGGUAUACAGGUUCCUACAUACUCAUCCCAUUUGGAAGCUUGCAGCAGAUUAGUCCCAUUCAUGCAACCUUGUCCAGAUGUAGAGUAUAAACAGGUUCCUUACAAUUAACAAGAUCACACCUGUACCCCUCUCACUCCACUCAGUGCUGUAAGAAGUAGGUCCCCUCAUACUCACCUGGGUCAGCUCCUCAUUGCAUGUAGGUCCCUGAAAAUUGAUCUGUAUUAAAUGUACAGUAUAUACAGGUCCCUACACACUCACCCAUGUUGGCAGCUCACCAGGGACAGAACUUCACACUCUUAUCUGUGUCAGACCCUACAUAAGGUUGAGUCUGCAGGAACCCAUGUUGAAUACACUAUUUAUAAUCAGUCCCUGUACAUUCAGCUGUGUCAGUCUUUCCCCAGGGGUGAACACUGGCCUUUUGUUCCAGAUAUUUGUAGAUAUUUAAACAGCUAUAGGUCCCUUAGUUUUCAAAUCCAUUCUGGUAGUGCAAUGGCACUGGGAUUGUGUAGACAUGCACUGGUCUUCUGACUCUUCAAUAAAAAUCCUGCUAGGAACUCAGUUUCUACAUCGAAUGACCACAAAAGCAAGCAAGCAAAUCAUUGAGGUGAGCUUGGGUUAUGGAAUUUCAUAUCUGUAACAUGCAAGGAAGAAUUCAGCCCAGAAGAAUUCUUUGCUUCAUGACAUCAAUGCAAAAACACCAACAUAAAAGAUGAUUUGAAUCACAUUGAGCCUUUGUUAUGGUCAGUCUUUACUCUUAUGUAAAAUGAAUACAUUGUUCCUGGUGGACACAAACAAACAUUGAGUUGGUUGUGCAUUAGCAUGCUUCAUCACACCACCAGCCACAUCAUGCCAAAGACCAGCAUUUUAGGAAUCUAGUUUAAGCAGCACAGUAACCAAGCUGCCUUUACACUCAAGAAGAAAACUUUUGGUUCAAAGCAUAAUAUAAAUGCAUUCUCAAAUAUUAAACAAGUUUUAGAGCAAACCAUAUCAUUUGGAGAAGGAUGCAACCUUUUCAGCAAAAUCAAGUCUAUAUCAAGAAGUCUUCUGAGCAAUCGAGAUCAAGGCGAGUUUUUGAUUGUUAUAUUCCACAAACCAGGAGGGAAUUUGCAUAACAACCUGGCUACGAGAAACAUCUCAAUCAAACCAGAGAUACGAAUAUUUCUGUAAGUGUUCCUGUAUCUUCCAACAACUCUCAUCCUGAAAGGUAGUCCAGUGGAAGGCAAUGAACAAAUAUCUGUGUUUUAGUAAGGUUAUGACUAGUUUUUGUUCAGCCAACAAUAAUUAAAUGUUAAUGUUUCCUCAGCUUUAAUGUUAUAUAUGAGACACCCCUGACUUGACAAUUCUUUGAUAGCCAAGAGAUGAAUCAUCAAGUUCCUGCUGUCAUAGAUAUUCUAAAAUAUGGAGUGAGAAAGAAUGACAAUUACAAUUAUAAUGCUAGCUUUUCAUGAAUUUUAUUCUCAAGUGCCUUCUGGAAUGUGUAAUUUCAGGACAGUUGGUACCAUUUCGAAUAUUAAGAACACUAAAAGUAGCAAUUCCUGAAUAAUGGCUGGGCAAAGAAUGGGCUGGGUCCAUGAGAAUUUAUUUCUACACAUCACAAUAGUCAAGUAUUUACUUGUAUUUACUAAGUAGCCACUCUAUUAUCAGCAAGAAAGUAAGAAGUUUAACUCCAUAAUAGUGUACCAUAAAAAAAAUCUGAACUUCCAUUUUCUUGGUUGGAUAUACUAAGGGAAAAAUGAUUUCAGUGUUUGUGUUUUGGGAUAUGCAUUAUAGAGAAUUAUAAAGUUUGUAAAUUUCUGCACAUAUUUUGCAUGAAAUAUGAUUUAUGUUCUGUAUUGAAUAAAUUUUCUGCUGUUCUA